AUGAGAGCUGACCAAGUGAUGUCCCUGGUCUGCUGGGUCCGUAACAAGGUUGACAGAGUUCGUCAGAUCAAAACAAUCGUGCACGUCUGUUUCCGACAGGCCACCGGCAAUUAUAGUACUGGACAGUAGGACGGAGUAGCCAUCAAUCACGACUUGACAACUGCAGUUCCGUUAGAAAUUGCUAGGCGGCGCGAGCUCUCGCACCCAAACGUUACCUUCUAUACAUAGUCUGCGAGUCAAGUUUCCUAUCCAAGCAGAUCGUAUCAUUGAGAAAACAAUUGAAAGGCAAUUAUAAAGAAAGCCUUUUCAGUUGCCUACGAGGAUUGUUUGAGUACAAGGUACAAGGACAAGAGGGUUGGAAUCUUCCCAAGAGCUUUUAAUCGUAUUCUCGUCAGCACAUUUUUGUACACAGUUCAAGGACGACCAAGUAUCAACUCAAGCACCGCCGGAAUUUUUUGUGAGAGAUACCGUUACAUAUCUCUCUGUCUGUGAAUAUAUAGACGGGCGUACCAGUCUGGUUAUCUCUGUCAGAGGGCACUGGUAUAAAUUUGGCACGAGUUUACGUACAUACAUGUAGGUGGAGUUUGGAGACGACCCACCAGACAGGGACCGACAUAUAUCACACCUUCCCACGACAGCGCCAAAUACGUCCCGACGUUUGGACAACCGCGACAUCAAAGAGUGAAGAGCACACUUACAACUGUCAAAGCUCCGGUCUCCUCUCGUCUUGUGUGGUCCCAGACAACUUCUACUCCAGACUCCCUGCACCUUGUGGACAGUCUUCGCUCGUACUCACGUUCCUGAACUUUAAGGGCAGUUUAUUCAAGUUCAAGAAUCGUUUCAGUGCGGUUGUCUUUUGUUUGGACCACUGUCUUAGGAGGAACCUGGUGUUUCCCGCUUCGAGACAACGCCUCUCCGACACCCAACACCACGUGAUCUUCAGCCCAUCGUGAGCCAACAGGUGUCUGUGUCCACCAUCUUUUUUCAAAGUCACUAACAACAACAACAACAACGAACUUGACAGACUUCUUCAACUUUCUGAGAAGAAAUUUUGGUGUGUAUUUUGCACGUGGAAGCUACAAGGACAACCUCGGUAUCCUCGCCUACCGUGCAUACAGCUGACUUUGAAGUGAACUUUGACUUCCAAAGACUCGCGGCCACGCCACAUCGGAAACGGCACUGCAGCUUUAAGAACCUCAUUGUUGUGUCAAGGUUGGCUAAUUUAUAGACACAAACUGUUGACACACCACUUUGUUGAAGGGCUCGUUCAAGUUCACUGAAUAGACAAUAAAACCUACUGUUUGGCCUGCUGCCACCUGUUGAUAUAUAAAGCGUGCUUUGAACAUCGAGACACCAGAUGCAGCUGAACAACCAACCCAAGAUGGAGAACGCCAACGGAUCCGUUCCGGACGGCAAGCGAACGGAAGAAGGCGACGUCCCAACCGCCAAAGUCGACAACGUAGAGAUGACCACAUUGGCUGACGGAAAGACUGUCGCUGAUAUGGAAGAGGGAAAGAUGGCCAACCACGUGGAAGAAGGCAAGAAGAGCACGCUAGAGGAGGAGGAGGAGGAGGAGGGAAGGAUGGCGUGGGAUAACAAGUACCAGUACCUGCUGUCUCAGAUCGGCUUCGCUGUGGGGCUGGGAAACGUCUGGAGGUUCCCGUACCUGUGUCAGAGGAACGGCGGAGGAGCAUUCCUGAUCCCGUAUCUGAUCAUGUUGAUCAUCGAGGGGAUCCCGAUCUUCCACAUCGAGUUUGCGAUCGGCCAGCGGAUCCGAAAAGGAUCCAUCAGUGUGUGGAGCGCGAUCAGCCCCUACCUAGGGGGACUUGGCUGGGCUAGUGUGGCGGUGUCGUUUUUCGUGGGUCUCUAUUAUAACGUCAUCAUCGCCUGGUGCAUGUUCUACCUCUUCAACUCAUUCCAGUCGCCCUUGCCGUGGUCGUCUUGUCCUGGGAACGGGACGGUUCCCGAGUGCGAGGCGGCGUCCCCCACGUCGUUCUUCUGGUACCGCGAGACGCUGGACAUCACCAGGGACAUAGAGGAGAGCGGAGGUCUGGACUGGAGACUGACCCUCUGUCUCUUCUGCGCCUGGCUCAUCGUCUGUAUGGCCAUGAUCAAGGGCAUUAAGUCUUCAGGAAAGGCUAUCUACUUCACGGCCACCUUCCCGUACGUGGUGCUGCUGAUUUUCUUCUUCCGCGGAGUGACGCUAGAGGGCGCCGGGGACGGCUUGGCGCGUAUGUUCACACCGAGGGUGGACAAGCUGACCGACCCUGUCGUGUGGUUAGAGGCAGCUACUCAGGUCUUCUUCUCCCUUGGCGUUGCCUUUGGCGGUCUGAUCUCCUUCUCAAGCUACAACCCCAGGAAGAACAACUGCACACGAGACGCCGUCACAGUGGCCCUCAUCAACUCGGGAACGUCCAUUUUCGCCUGUGUGGUGAUUUUCUCCGUCCUGGGAUUCAAGGCAACACACGACAGCCAGAAGUGCCUAGACGAGUUUUCCUUGGUUCUCCAGAGGAGCGUACCAGACUUCAACGACACGGUAACCAGGGGUAACUACCUGGACUUCCAAAUGGCCUACAACACAACUCCUGCCAUCAGGGAUUUCGACUUCACCACUUGCGAUAAAGAGAGAAAUUUGGACACGGUAUGCCGUGGAAGGACGGGGCUAGCCUUCAUAGUCUUCACCGAAGCCAUGAACCAGUUCUACCCCCUGGCGCUCGGUCCUCUCUGGUCCAUCCUCUUCUUCUUCAUGCUGCUGAAUCUCGGCCUGUCGUCCAUGUUCGGCACGCUAGAGGGCGUCCUUACACCGAUCCUGGACUCCGGCGUCUGGAAGUGGAGGAAAGAGUUUCUUGUUGUCACUCUCUGCGUAGUGAGUUUCCUGAUGGGGCUGAUCUUCACCCAGAGAUCAGGUAACUACUGGCUGGACAUCUUUAACGACUACAGCGGAACCUUCCCGCUACUGCUCAUCGGUUUUAUAGAACUCAUCGCCGUUAUCUGGGUCUACGGGUUUAACAGGUUAUCAGACGAUCUGGAGUACAUGACGGGUUCCCGCCCGAACAUCUACUGGAAGGUCACGUGGCUGUUCCUCAGUCCGCUGUCCAUGGGCGUUAUCUUCGCAGCCACCAUCUACAGGGAAGCUAGCAGUUUUCCCGCCACGUAUCAGAGCUGGGACCACAUAAAGGGAAGACUUGGAGAGAGCGAGCCGUACCCGUGGUACGCCAUGAUGACGUGUUACCUCCUGGUCAUCCUGCCCCUAAUCUGCAUUCCCAUCGUCGCCAUCCGGAGGAUAUUCGUCCCUUACGACGGAGAGACCGUCCAGCCGGUAGAGGGCGCUCGCUGGAACCCGUUCAGGAAAAACCAGCCCAAGAAAUCCGCAAACGUAUCCUCGUCAGGUUUGGAUGGGAUAGUCAAUCCAGCGGUCACUGAAUUGUAAAUAACUUAUAUAUUAUAUAAAUGGUUUAUUCACAAAUUGACUUAAAAACUACAUUGCAGCCUAAUAAUACAAAGAAAAAAGGCUGAAUUACGCAGCCUCAAUAUUUACAAACACAACCAAACUGAAUUUGACUUGGGGCUUCGCAAUCUUAGAUAUUUGAGGAAGAUGUAAAGUUUUAGACUAGGGAAGACUUUGUAUCGUAUAAAUAUGAAUGAUUCACAUUGUUUGUUUUUUAAUUAUGGGAGGGUUUUUUUUAGAGAGGAAAGUAUUCAAAUGACAACAGAAUCUAUCAAUAUCCUUCAUUGUGCAAUUUUGGUGAAAAAAGACUAAGGUUGUUUAAUUUUCCAUGUUUAGUUUUGAACAUUUUCUCUGUUGUGUCAGAUUCAAAUUCUAUCGAACACUGCACAAAAAAUGGACAUAGUAGUGUGAUAACUGUUACAUUGGAUACUUUCCUCUCGUUCUAUCAUUAUAUUUCUAUUGCUACAUUUUAGGUCACAACUACAGUUGUCAACGUUACAGAGUGCAUGACUACAUGUCCUGUAUGUAACUCCGAUCUCAGGAUGUUGUCAAGGUAAAUCCCGGGAGGGGGAAAUUUCCUGGCAAAUACGGAGGGGUUCAGGACAGAAUAUUCUAGAAGUGUAAAAAUCAUUCGGCCACACUCCAAACUUUCUUAGGAAUCUACUCGAAGAAUUUGUCUUGUACUGCAAAAACAAACUUUUGGGUAAGCUUGAGAAAAAUCAAAAUUAACCAUGGUUUGAAUGGCACAACGAGAACCCCACCCUGUUUGCCCACAUACCCCUCGCUGGGAUGACAUUGACAGUUGCAAUAGUGUAUACUUCACAUCCCAUCUCAGGACUAGACACGGCCCUUAGUUCGGCGCAUUGAUUUCUUUUCUCAUGUUGUGGAAAAUGUCUCCCUGUUACAUAUCUAGAUGUAUGUCCUCCCGCAUGAGAAAAAUUGGUGACCGCUAUGAUUCGGUCAUACAACCCAAUUCGUAAUACUUUUCAUGUUGGGAAACAUCGAAGUUUGCCACCUUGCGAUGACCGAUGAAAUUGCACACUUUCGGAUCACAGGGUGACUGAAAAAAUAUACUGUAUUGUUUGAUAUGUCCAUACGUACUUAGUAUAUCAUUAGCAAAUAUCUGUUCAUUUUCAUAUGUGAUAGCCUGUUGUUUAGACUACAGAUGGCAGCUAUGGUAUUUAGAUUCUGAAUUUGAGAAAAAAAAGAACGCUAUUUAGUUAAUGAUACGUCACACGUUUGUGAUGAACGAUUAUUGAAAACCUUAAGUUAGCCCUUUUAGUUAAUGAUUUUUCGUUAGUUAGGUAUAAGAAGCCCACAAGUUAUCAAUAGUUAUCUUACUCUUUGUUUAUUACUAUGUAAAAAGAUACAAUUAAUACAAUACACACCUAACAACAUUAUAUCAUUAUCAACAUCUUCGAGUCACUGUAUUUAUAUUUGUGAAGAGCAAACGUUGUUUGGAUGAUAUAACGUAUUAUCAACUUGUAUAUAUUAUGUAUUCUGUACAUGUAGAUUUGUCCGUUGAGAUAUAGCAC